CGAAGGGGGAGGAGGAGUGGGGGACGUCUGGAGAUUGUUGAACGAGUGGUAGUGGGGGUGUGUGUGAGAGUGAGCGAGAGAGCGCGCGAGCGUGAGGAGAGAGAGAGAGUGAGCGUGCGUGUGUGUGUGUGAGUGAGCGCGCAAGCGAGCAACCAGGGGAUCCAAUAUGGCAUCGGGCGAUACGUUGUACAUUGCGACCGACGGCUCGGAGAUGCCGGCCGAAAUCGUGGAGUUGCAUGAGAUCGAAGUGGAGACCAUCCCCGUGGAAACUAUCGAGACCACCGUGGUCGGAGAGGAUGACGACGACGAGCACCACCAGCCCAUGAUCGCUCUGCAACCCCUGGUGACGGACGAUCCGACUCAGGUUCACCAUCACCAGGAGGUUAUUCUGGUGCAGACCCGCGAGGAGGUGGUCGGUGGGGAUGAUUCGGACCUCCGGGCUGACGACGGCUUUGAGGACCAGAUCCUCAUCCCUGUGCCGGCCCCGGCGGCCGAAGAGGAGUACAUCGAGCAGACGCUGGUGACGGUCGCCGGGAAAAGCAGCUCCUCGUCAGGAGGGCGGAUGAAGAAAGGGGGCGGCAGCAGUGGCAAGAAAGCGGGCAAAAAGAGUUACCUGACUGGAGCCGAGGCAAGCGGCAGAAAAUGGGAACAGAAGCAGGUCCAGAUCAAGACCUUAGAAGGGGAGUUUUCGGUCACGAUGUGGGCAUCAGAUGACAAGAAGGAUAUUGACCAUGAGACGGUUGUGGAAGAACAGAUUAUUGGGGAAAACUCCCCUCCAGAUUAUUCAGAAUACAUGACCGGAAAGAAGCUCCCACCAGGUGGAAUACCAGGCAUUGAUCUUUCAGACCCCAAACAGUUAGCAGAAUUUGCCAGGAUGAAGCCAAGAAAAAUUAAAGAAGACGAUGCCCCCAGGACAAUAGCAUGUCCUCACAAAGGUUGCACAAAGAUGUUCAGGGACAACUCUGCCAUGAGGAAGCACUUGCACACUCACGGGCCUCGUGUUCACGUGUGCGCGGAAUGUGGGAAGGCAUUUGUAGAAAGCUCCAAACUGAAACGGCAUCAGCUUGUGCACACUGGGGAAAAGCCUUUUCAGUGCACGUUUGAGGGCUGCGGGAAGCGAUUCUCACUGGACUUCAAUUUACGCACUCAUGUGCGAAUUCAUACCGGAGACCGGCCCUAUGUGUGCCCUUUUGAUGGUUGUAAUAAGAAGUUUGCUCAGUCGACUAACCUGAAGUCUCACAUCUUGACACACGCUAAAGCCAAAAACAACCAGUGAAAUGGUGCUGCAGACUUCCAGCUCAGUCCGCUCUUUGGUGCAGCAGCAUCUUCAUGGUGUCUAAACAAAACAAAAAAAACAAAAAAACAAAAAAAGCAACCUUUUCCUUUGUAUGUCCUUUCUUAGAAGAGUUUUAAAGAGAAAAAGAAAACACACAGAAAGUACUUUUUGAUAAGGUGAGGAUAAACAAACCCUUCAGAGACGACACUCUGCUGUUUCUCACCGCUGAUCCCAUUUAAAGAACACGCCGGUGUUUUUGUAAAAUGAUGAGACGGACACAACGCGGUCCAUGCAGGAGGACGGGUAUCAAAAGACAAUUCUUUAUACAAAUGUGCUAAACGAAAAGGAAAACAUGGGACUGAUUUUCACCUUUAAUUUACACCUGUCUGCAUAGAAAUCAGAUUGCUUUUUUAAUUUUAUAUCUUUCUAAGUGUGCAUAUUGUACACUUUCUUUGGGAUAUGCUUAGUAAUGCUAUGUGUGAUUAUAUUUUUUUCCCAAAAGGACUGAACUGUUCUUGUAUUGAAUCUUCUUGGAAGAGAAUUACCAGUUGCUGUACUUCACACAUACUUCAGAAGUAUUUUUUCUGUAAAAAGUUACAUAAGGUUUUUUUUGUUCUGUUCUGUUUUGUUUUUUUUUUUGUUUGUUUUAUUAUUAUUUUUGGCUCUAAUUUGGUUGUAUUCUUUAUUGUUAACUCAUUUUUGUAUAAUUGUAUCGUAUAACUGUAUUGAAUCAUGUAGACAUUAAUACCAAUGUGAUUUAAAUAGUGUUAAUUAAAACCAUUUUAGUCACACUUUUUAUUAUUUCCACCCCCUGCUGUAUGGCCUGAUGUCAAAGGCUCAACUUUUUCUUUUUUUUUUCUUUUUCCUUUUUUAUUUCUUUUUUUUUUAUGGGGGGGGGGGGGGGACUUCAAGCCGAGUUCCCGUGCCGCUUGUGCUCUCCCAGCAUGGGGCUCAGCGUCCAGGUAGCGGCACAGAGCUUAAGAAAAGGAGGACUGGAGGCUGCAAAGUGAGCACUUAGCCAACGUGAUUUUUUUUUUUUUAUUAUUAUUAUUGGGUUGUCCUCAUAGAAGAGGCGAGGUACACAGAACCGUGGCUCAGGGGUCCAAGACCCGACGCCAUCCUGCUGCGGAAUGCAAGGGUUGAGCCUCUCAAGGACACAAUGCUUCUGCCUGGCGUUUGCUGAAGUGGGUCUCGCUGGGUUACGUUCAGGUGAUGUUAGGAUUCUCCAGAGUGAAGAAUUUCUAUUGUUGGCAUAAGCCGUGAAAUUCUGCAGUUUUAUGUGCGCACACACACAUACACACACACACCUUAGUGAGAAUGCUGCUUUGAGUUUAAUGGGACAGACAGACUGCCUGGGACAUGCUGAAGUGAGAAUGCCUGGCUGGCACGCAGGUCCAAAUCCUGCCGUUUUUUUUGUAUUUUCUUUUUGUAUUUUGUUUAGACCGGUUCACCUGUUUGCUUUACAGUAUGUGGGUCUAUGAACAUUUUUUUUGUUUUAUUUUCAAAAUGUUGUGUGUGCUUUGCUCUGAUUUUGUUCUGUAAUAAAGAAACCCUGCUUUAUACUUUGUCAUGACUGAAAAAUGUAUUUAAGACAUUGUGGGUCAAUCGCAGUGCACCUCUCGACGAGACCACGAGAAGCUCGUCUGUAACCCUCUGCUCCAUUGCAGGAACGAUA